CAUUUUUUCUCCACAAGAGGCGCUACUAACGCUCGCAUGUGAAUAAUAACUUUUGUUUACAUAUAUGAACAGUAAAGCAUAUUACAAUAAACAAAUUAAAUUACGUUUCUACAUGCAAAAUCAAUACAUUUGAAUUGUUUAAUAGUUAUAUCUGCCAGCUAGUUUUAAUCGUGUAUUUCUUCGCUACAGUGUACAAAUAAGUCGAUUUGUGUAUUCAUUGUGUAUUCAUCAUCUGAAAUAACUUAAAAGAUGCAGUGUUCAAGACAGGGUAUGCAAUUGAUAUCGCAUCAGUUUUCUGGUGUAAAUAUUUCAAAUUGUUUAUCUGGUAUGCUAAAGCCAUUAAUUGCCAUUUCGUCUCGUAAUAUACAUGGAUUUUCUCCUAUAUUAUGCGGUACUGGCAAAAUACCUGAAGUAUUCACAAACUACAAUAAAAAAAUUUUUCCUCCACAAAAACCAGGUGAAGAAAGAAGACCUGGUUACGUAUGCCACAUGAAAGCAAAUAUAAAAUAUAGCCCACUGAAAAUGUGGUAUGCGGCUUGUUUCGUGAGAGGAAUGACUAUAGACGAAGCUAUAAAACAGUGCAGCUUCAUACCACAGAAGGGUGGAGCUAUUAUAAAAGAAACAUUACUAGAAGCACAACGUAUGGCUGUAGAAGAACAUAACAUUGAAUAUAAGUCCAAUCUAUGGGUUGCUGAGUCUUUUUCAUCGAAAAGUAUAGUGAUUAAAGGCAUACGCCGACAUGCUAGAGGACGUGCAGGGGAAGUACGUUACAAAUAUUGUCACUACUUUGUACGAUUAGAAGAAGGGAAACCACCGAAAAAUUAUUACCUGAAGAAUCCUCCAAGCGGUGAGGAAUUGUUGGAAGAAUGGAUGACAAAAAUGAAACAACGUAAAGUGUAUAAUUCAUUGUAGUGCAAUAGUUUUAUGAGAUAAUAAAAUAUUGAAUUUGUGAUUUGUUUGAAUGAAAAACUCGGUUACACGUGUAUCUCGAAUUUAUUUAAGUUGAUUAAAACAUGGUAAGAAAAUUAAA